AUGGUGGCAGGAGCAGCAGCAACAGUAGCAGCAGCAGCAGUAAUAGCAGCAGCAGCAGCACGCGCACUAAUUUACAGCAAAAGCAAAACAGAAGCAACAGCAGGAGCGUUACCAGCAGCAGCAGCAGCAGCAGCAGAAAAAGCAGCAGCAGCAGCAGCAGCAGAAACAGCAGCAGCAGCAGCAGCAGCAGAAACAGCAGCAGCAGCAGCAGCAGCACUAACAUGA